AUGCCAACCUAUUGGCUCUCUUCGCAGAUCGCUCUAUAAAAGCCAUCGUAAUUAACUCCAAACCCACUGGAAAACUCCAUUUUUCUUCCUUCUUCUUCUUCUUCUCUGUGUUUUCUUUCCUCAUAAACCCUAGCCAUGGCGUCGCACGUGCAAUUCAGCAAAACGGGGCCGUUUUGGACCGAUGAAAAGCACGUGCACUUCUUGAAUUCCAUGGAAGCUUCUUUUGUCCGAUCCAUGUACGAAAAUCUGCACCAUCGCCGCCGUCUACGGUUGAACCGCCUCCUCCCGGACACUGCUGACUCAACCCUAGAUUCGCAUCAGAAGUACAGGAAAAACCACCAUCCUACCGCCGGAGGUGGCAGAAUGGACGGUAGAUCUAGCAGGAGAUCGAGGAGGAUAUCAUCGCUACCGCCUAUUUCAAUUCAAGAUCAGGUGGUCCCACAAAUGGAAAAUAGAGCAGCUGAGGAAGAAGAUGAGGAAGACCAUCCAACGUCACCCAUCAAUCGCUAAAUAUAAUAAUAUUAUUUCUUUGCAUUUUUCCACUAUUUAAUUUUUUAUUUUUUUUAUGUCUUCUCACUUUAUUGGGUUAAAUCUAAAUUAACGAUGGUGUGAAAAAAAAGGUUUAAUGGAAAGAAUUAAAUGUAA